CAUUUUUGGUUUUUGCCUCUACCACCUCCGACGUCCGAAAUGGACCGCAAAGCGGUGCAUUGCAAAAAUUCACAUGGGGGUAAAACACCAAUCCAAGGAUAACAGUAUGAAAUUAGAAAAAGUGGGGGCAGUUAAAUAAAUCAAUGCCGUGACGUCACAUACAAUGUGUAAUAUAAUACUUGAAAUCUCUGGUAAUCUUGACAGUGAUUUAUUCUCUUAUUGGCGCACUAUUUUUGAUUUGUUUUUUUUUUUACGUUUGCGCUGCGUGUGGUUCGAGGGUGAGUGUUGCCGUUAGAAAUUUUUAUUUUGCCAAAAUGAAGGAAAUGCACAACAACGGAAGAACCGAGGAGGACAUGCAGAUUGCCACAUGUGACAGUGUUAAUGGAAAUACGAAAAACGGUCAUGAAAAGUGCACCUUCCACCACGAUCUAGAAUUGGACCACAGACCGCCAACAAGAGAAGCCAUGUUGCCCGAAAUGUCCAGAUCCUACAGACUGUUACUCGGUUCCUUGGGCGAGAAUCCGGACAGACCAGGCCUACUCAAGACUCCGGAACGUGCCGCCAAAGCCAUGCUGUUCUUUACCAAGGGCUACGACCAAAGUCUAGAAGAGGUGCUGAACGACGCAAUCUUCGACGAGGACCACGACGAGAUGGUGGUGGUGAAGGACAUCGAGAUGUUCUCUAUGUGCGAGCACCACUUGGUCCCGUUCUACGGCAAAGUGUCCAUCGGAUAUUUGCCCUGUGGGAAGAUUUUGGGUCUGAGUAAGUUGGCCAGGAUCGUGGAGAUCUAUUCGAGAAGGCUUCAGGUCCAGGAACGGCUGACGAAGCAGAUUGCUGUGGCUGUCACAAAGGCAGUUCAACCAGCUGGUGUUGCUGUCGUUGUUGAGGGAACGCACAUGUGUAUGGUCAUGAGGGGAGUGCAGAAGAUUAACAGCAAAACCGUAACGUCGACCAUGUUGGGAGUUUUUCGGGAUGAUCCUAAGACCAGGGAAGAGUUUUUGAAUCUGGUACAGUCAAAAUAAAUCCGGCAUGUUUCCAUGGCUCGUUCUUAAUAUUGAUUUUAGUUUAAUUUAUGGUUUCUAAAUUAAUUUAUGACAUUCAGUACGCAAGUACAAAUGUCUUCAAUUUCCUUAUACUGUUAGUAUUAUUUAAAAUUUCUGAUUUUACUUUUGCAUAUAAUAUCAAUAGGCUUUUAGAUUUAACGUCUCAUAAUGUAUAAAAACAUAGUAUUAAAAUGUGAAUUAAAUUUUAGUGGCUAUAACUUUCAGUUCAUUAAUACCGUCAACAUCAUAAAUGGUGUUAUACGUUACGUAUAAAGUUUAGUAGGUUUUGAAUUUUAUUACACCAUUUUGACAAUAAAUUUUAUGACGACUUGAAAGAAUUCCAUGAGGGUUGUCAAAAACUGAUUUUAGUUUAGAGAUAAUUAGAUUCCGACCUUUUUACAAAUAUUAUAAACAAUUUUUAUGAAGACAAAUUUACAAUGAACAUUUACAAUGCAUUAUUUCACUGCCUUUUUGGCUAAAAAGCACAUUUCUUUUUACAAAUAUUGUUAUAGUUAUAGUUUACAAUUGUCAAGAUUUUGUAAGAUCCCAAUUAAAAUCAUUCAAUCAAACACAACUUUAUGAAGCCUAAAAUGUUUAUAUAUUUAUUUAUAUAUACAUUAAUAUUAUAAUUUAUUAUCAAAUUUUAUUAAAUUGGAUUUGGUAUAUUGAAAAUUUUAAAUUGGGAUUUUCUAUUUUAAGUACUUAAGUAUAACUUAAAUGGACCAUAUAUAUUAACAUUGUUUAUAAACAAUGCUUUGAAUAUGUACAUGUAUACAAAUGUGUAUAAAUGUUUAGUGUCUCUGUGAUAUGUAAAAAAUAUAUUAUUGGAUCUACUGAAUAAAAACAUUACGAAUUUUCUAUAAAUUUAUAACUGUUUAAUAGUUUUCAAAAUUAUAUAACUUGUGAAAUAUGUUGUUUAAAAUCUUAAUUAUAUUUUUAUAAUCUAUUUGACAAAGUUUAUUUUAUUAUAUUAUAUGUAUAUGAAAGACAAUCAAUGUUUGAAUGUAAAAUAUGUAAAAAAAAUAAUAAAAGCUGUUACCAAAAAACA